UACUGUGUCGUAGUGCCACUUGUUGUCAGCUGCCGUCUGACUAUCUCACCGAGGGGGGUCUGGCGGAUUCAUUCUGCUCUGAAACUGGCUACGGACCACAUGAAGUCUCCAGUAAUGCGAUGCCAAAGCAGCUUGUUCAACUCCACAAAAGCGCUGUCUGAUCCGACGGGUCUUCUUCAUUUCGGCACCUCCUCUUCUCUACUUUUCACCUUGAUGCCACAUUUCGCAGCGUCCUUCCCUACGCGCCGCUCGGACUGAAAGUUUGUUUUUUUUCCCUCAAAAACAAACAAACAAACCAAACGAAUCUAAAGUGGAAAUGAACCACACCGGCUUCAACCACACGGAGGGGGGCGGGCUGCUCAACAAGACCGAGGAGUUUCUGUGCUGUAACUUUUCCUCCGUGGUGACGGAUAACGGCUUCGUGUCCGCCGCUCCGGACGAGAGGAGCCUCUUCGUCACGCGGGUGGUCCAGAUCGCCGUCAUGUGCGUGCUGUCCCUCACGGUGGUGUUUGGCAUCUUCUUCCUGGGUUGCAACCUCCUCAUAAAGUCGGAGGGAAUGAUCAACUUCUUAGUGACGGACAGGAGACCUUCUAAAGAAGCCGAGGCGGUCAUUGUGGGAGCCUACUGACGACCGGUCACCUCCAGUGGGGUUUGAAUCAGAUCUGAGAUCUGUGGGACGGAUGGGGACACGGUGCGACGCACGAGAGAUCUGCCCUGAACGAGCCCCCCUGUUUACAUUUAAUUAGGAAAAUAACCAAACCGUGCUGGUGGAUGCGGCUCACGGGUUUUCACUUCAUUUCCCCGUGGCCGUCCUUUUAUUGCCGGCAGAGACUCGUUUAUCUCCAAUUACAAUAGUGCGUUUAAGCCUCUCUGGGUAUAAAGUAUUCUAUCAAAGCACUGUUGUACUUUCAGUAGUUGGAGCAUCGUUUGUCGAGCAGCAUCCUUUGUCAUCAAGGGGAAAAGUCUCCGUGUUUUGCCGUUUGAAAACACCUUUCUCAGAUUGCGAAUGCAAUGGAGAAAUUGUACUGUAUCUUGUAUGUGUUUUUGCAUACAAUAUGCAAUGUAUUAAUCAGUGUAUUUCCCUUGAUUUCCUGCUGUAGACUGCAUUAGUGUAGACGUGGGUGGUGGAGAACAGCCCAGCAUGCCGUGUAUCAUGUUAAUUGGAGCAAAUUCGUUCUGUAAUUAAAGUUUUCCUCUUAAUUAAA